AUGCCUUCUCUUAAUAUUGAACUCGUUGCUCCUUCUACGCACCAUUGCCAUGGAAUGCGUGAUGUUUUAGCUUUGGCAGGGCAUGUCGUUCUCUUAGCGACUUCACCUGGACCUCUGGACAAUGUGAACCAGAUUCACGUUCGACUUAUUCUAGUUGUGACAUCUACAACAGAUAGCAAAAACACUCGGUGGAUUUUGUGUCCUUCAUUCUGCAAUCCAACAAACAAAUCGCUCCAGCCGGGUUCAAGAAUUGAACGAACUCUUCCAGAAUUUUCUGUGCCAAUAUUGCCUAAGGAAUAG